AAUUUCAUUCUCCAUAUUGUAACCUUGAUACUCACUCACUGCGCCUCAAUCAGUGAACAACACCACACUCCAUGGGGAAAGAUAACCACCCUUCCGCUAUGGAAAUCGACGAUCCUAAAUCCGCCAAUUCCGAUCAGAUUGUUCCCAAGUUCUCCAUCAAUGGUGCAGCUCUUGAAAUCGGCACAAAUGCAGCACGGUUUGCGGCAUGGAGAUUACACUCGAUAUCGGAGGUAUUGCACAGCUCGUUUGAGGAGGUUAUAUAAAUCAUUGAAGUUUACUCAUGGUCGAGGCAAAUAUUCAAAAAGAAACAUAACCGAGAGUACCGUCACUGACGUAAGGUUUCUUCAUGUGCUUCUAUAUUCGGCAGAGAGAGCUUGGAGUCAUGCCAUGGAGAAAAGACAGCUUCCAGAUGGCCCAAAUGCACGUCAACGUAUCUAUUUGAUUGGCAGGCUACGGAAAGCUGUAAAAUGGGCUACUUUGUUUUCAAAAUUAUGUGCCAUCAAGGCAGAUUCAAGAACAUCUCUUGAAGCUGAGGCCUAUUCAUCCUAUAUGAAGGGUAAUUUGUUGUUUGAACAAGAUCAGAACUGGGAUGUGGCUUUAAUGAGCUUCAAAAGUGCCAGGGCUGUAUAUGAGGAAUUAGGGAAAUAUGGAGAUUUGGAUAAUCAAGUUUUGUGCCGUGAGCGAGUUGAGGAACUGGAACCUAGUAUACGAUAUUGCCUUCAUAAAGUUGGCCAGUCAAAUUUACAGACCUCUGAACUUUUGAACAUUGGUGACAUGGAAGGUCCUGCAUUAGACCUUUUUAAAGCAAAGUUGGAGGCUGUUAUGGCAGAAGCAAGAUCACAGCAGGCUGCUUCCAUGACAGAGCUCAAUUGGCUUGGCCAUAGGUUUCCAGUAUCAAAUGCAAAAACAAGGGUUGCCAUUUUAAAAGCUCAAGAGCUCGAGAAGGAUUUACAUGGUUCAUCGGCAGACUCAACUCCAUCAGACAAGAAACUUGUUAUUUUUGACAAAAUAUUUUCUGCGUAUCACGAAGCCAGAGGUUAUAUUCGAGCUGAUUUGGCCACUGCAGGAAAUGCAGAAAACGUGAAGGAUGAUUUGCAUGGUCUUGACAAGGCUGUCAGUGCCAUGUUGGGAGAAAGAACUAUUGAGCGCAACCUUCUGUUGGUUAAGGUUGCAAAAAGUAAACUUGCUAGGCGUCGUGAUGAUAAAAAUGAUAAAGUCACCAAACCUGAAGAGCUUGUUCGUUUAUAUGAUCUCUUGCUACAGAAUACAGCCGAUCUUUCCGAUUUAGUCAGUUCAGGAAGGGAUAAAAAGCCAGAAGAAGUGAGCUUUGCUGAUGAGUGUGCAUGCAAAACCUUGGCUUUUAGAGCAGAAAGGUGCUUUUAUGUGGCAAAGUCAUACAGUGUGGCUGGAAAGAGGGCUGAAGCCUAUGCUUUGUAUCAUCAUGUUCGCAACUUAGCAGAGGAUGCCUUAAGAAAGUUUAAAUCGUUAAACGGUGACUAUAAGAAUAUGAUAAAAGACCUGGAGGAGUUGUGCAAGCAGUGCAGAUCUAACAGUUGUAUAGAACAUGCCUUGGGGAUCAUGGAAGAGAAUAAGGAUCAAGAAAACAUCUCUGAAAGGAUCUCCAAUAUAUCAUUGACCGGGGCUGAGCGGUUGGAGAAAUUCCUCCUUGAUAAACUUGAUGUUUAUGAGUCUGCUGUUGGCGAUUCCAAUGUAAAAUGUGCUCCCCGCAUUGCAUCCUUCCCCCCACCUUUCCAGGCCAUUUCGCGCACUCCAAUCGUGUUGGACCUGGCUUAUAACAACAUUGAAUUCCCAUCUCUUGAGAGUAGGAUGAAAAAACAAAAGGGCGGCUUCAUGAGUAGAAUAUGGGGAUGAGUAUCCUGGUUUAGGUUUUUGGUUCUUCAAGUUGAAUGUUGUUUAACAAAUAUUAUGGUAUUUACCUUUGUUAACUAUUGUUAUGAAUUUUGUGAUGUUGAUAUGAAAAAAUUUUGGUCGGUCUAGAUGUUUGAAAAGUUUCCGAGGAAAGAUUGUGUUGCAUCACACUUUUGUUGUAACCUUUGACAUAAACUAGGCGAUUCUAAGUUGAUUAGGAAGGGAAAUUGAUGAACGAGUCUGUUGGUUAUUAAUUAUUUUAUAUAACUAAAAGUAGGUGUUUAUUGACCUAAGUUUAUUCAUCCAUUGUGACA